AAGAAAAAUAGCAAACCAUUCGUUAUCUUUGCAAAAAAAAAAAAAAUCAGAGAGUCAAAAUGAACUUUUUGAAAAAAGGGACUAUCUUGCUUACUGUAAUUUGUAUCUCUAAUAUUUAGCAUUCUGCCUCCCACUUGGUAAGUUUUUAGCUUGAUUUGUCUUCCUCCCUCUUAAUGCCCUCAGGCAUUCCAAAUCUAGCAAACCUUCUCAUUAACUAUUAACUAAUUCACUGGGAGAAUUAAUUUUUUUUCCCUUGAGGGAUCACAGCAUUUUCAAAAAGGAUUUUUCAUCUUCUAUAGUAGACAAAUCAACUUUGAAAUAUAUAUGAUUCAUAAAUUAAGAUUCAGCUCACAUGAUGGCUCCUCCCAGAUGCCUUUUGUCAUCACCUUAACUGGAAGUAAUUUAUAGCUUUAUUAAUGUCUUAAGUGACCCUCUGUGCUACUUGUGCAGUUUUAUUGGUAAUGGAUUUUGAUGGUGGUACCUAUUCUAAAGGUAUUUACUUUUUAAAUAGGAAACAUCCUUUGGAAAGAAAAAAAAUGGAAAACAUUCUAAAGUCAAACAGUAGACAUUUAUUAAGCAACUAUUAUGUGCUAGGCAUUAUAGAAAACACUGGGCAUCAGAAAAAAAGAGGCAAAAAACAAUCAAGACAUUUACAAUCUAAGGAAAUUCUUAAGAAAGGAAUAUUUUAUUGUGGAAUUUUUAAUUUUAGUCAGGUAGGUAAGAAAGUGUACAAUGCUUUACAAUUCCAAUGCCACCCCUGCCUAUUCAUGAAACCAGAACUGUCCUUAAUCUUCCCCAUGGCUUGGAACUUUGUUUCAUUUCUUGAGGAUCAGAACAUUUUGAGUAUCUCCUCAUUUUAUAUAGAUUUAUUCUAGCCUACUUUUUAUUACAAUUAUUUGUAAAAUUAACAUCUCUCCUUUAAGAUUACAAAUUCUUAGAAGGCAAAACCUGUGUUUUUAUUUUUGUAGAGUUUUGUAUUUGCCUUGCAAAUAGCUGGCAUUCAGUUACUUGAAUAUUUUAAGGAUCUUCAAUGUCUUUUCCCUGUAUACUCUCUCAACUCCUAAUCAGGAUUCCUUAUAAUUUUCAAAGUUGGCAUAGUAAUAUGCACACACACAUAUGUAUAUGUAUAUACAAACCUAUAAAAUCCUCUUUGUAUUCUCUAACCUACAAUUCUAAAAUUUAAAGGUAGGGGAAAGGAAUCAAUAUAAGUAACAAACUGUAUUCAAUAUCAUACUGAAGCCUCCAGCAUGAAUAACACUGAUUAGGGAGAAAAGAGAAAAGAAACAGAGAUUUAAUUUCCCUCUUUUACAGACCUGUUUACUACAUUCUAUCUUCAGUGACCUUUAAAUUCUGUCUUCCUUGGUUAGGAUUGGUCAUUACUCAGGCCAUCACCAUAGUAACCAAAAACAGAAUCCACAACUUCAAACUUGCCAUUCCACAUGUAGUUAGGAAAGAAUUGGAAUGGCAUUCUUUGGCAUAACCUUGUUGGGCUAUCAGGAUCCCUUUCUAAGCAAAAAGAAAGUAUGGGUGAAGGGAGAAGGGAAAGUGACAGAGGAAAGCUGUCCCAAGGAGUCAGUUUCUACCAAGCUGCCCCCUAUCAUCCCAGUUGGAAAUUACUGUGUGCACCAGAACAGCCAUAAAAAGUACCACAGAGCCAUCCGGAGGGUACAGUUAAAGACAUUCCACAACCAGCUCUUUGAAGCACCUCUGACAGAUGCUCAGAAUUUCAGUUUCUGGAUGCCUCAUGAACGUGGGAUACACCCACAAGAUGUUACUCCAUGGAUAAAGACUCCAAGACACUGCAUUAUCAAGAGCCCCAUAACCAGGUUUGUGGAUCAUCUGAUACUCAGUGACCGACUCUUCACUUUAUUUUGAGCUGGGGGAGCUGAAAGCAGGCCUAGGGCAUAUGCCAAAGCCUGGUAUUCCAGAAUGAAUAACCAGUGGGAUACAAAGAGCUGGGGGUUUUGUGGGGAAGAGGUUGUUGUGGGGGAGUGGGGAGGACUGGAGAAUUACUCAAAAAGCACAAAAUAAAACAUGUUGGAAUAUCAGAAUGUAUAUUUAAUUUGUGCUAGGGAUACAUCUGUUGGGAUUGUAGAGAGGGGUGAAAAUGGCUAAUACUCAUCCAAAUAGCAAUUAUAGGCAUGGACCCACACUUAACACCAUAUACCAAGAUAAGAUCAAAAUGGGUCCAUGACCUAGGCAUAAAGAACGAGAUUGUAAAUAAAUUAGAGGAACAUAGAAUAAUUUAUCUCUCAGACUUGUGGAGGAGAAAGAAAUUUGUGACCAAAGAUGAACUAGAGACCAUUACUGAUCACAAAACAGAAAAUUUUGAUUACAUCAAAUUAAAAAGCCUUUGUACAAACAAAACUAAUGCAAACAAGAUUAGAAGGGAAGCAACAAACUGGGAAAACAUCUUCACAGUUAAAGGUUCUGAUAAAGGCCUCAUUUCUAAAAUAUAUAGAGAACUGACUCAAAUUUAUAAGAAAUCAAGCCAUUCUCCAAUUGAUAAAUGGUCAAAGGAUAUGAACAGACAAUUUUCAGAGGAUGAAAUUGAAACUAUUACCACUCAUAUGAAAGAGUGUUCCAAAUCAUUAUUGAUCAGAGAAAUGCAAAUUAAGACAACUCUGAGAUACCACUACACACCUGUCAGAUUGGCUAAGAUGACAGGAAAAAAUAAUGAUGAAUGUUGGAGGGGAUGCGGGAAAACUGGGACACUGAUGCAUUGUUGGUGGAGUUGUGAACGAAUCCAACCAUUCUGGAGAGCAAUCUGGAAUUAUGCCCAAAAAAUUAUCAAAUUGUGCAUACCCUUUGAUCCAGCAGUGUUUCUAUUGGGCUUAUAUCCCAAAGAAAUACUAAAGAAGGGAAAGGGACCUGUAUGUGCCAAAAUGUUUGUAGCAGCCCUAUUUGUAGUGGCUAGAAACUGGAAAAUGAAUGGAUGCCCAUCAAUUGGAGAAUGGCUGGGUAAAUUGUGGUAUAUGAAUGUUAUGGAAUAUUAUUGUUCUGUAAGAAAUGACCAGCAGGAUGAAUACAGAGAGGACUGGCGAGAUUUACAUGAACUAAUGCUAAGUGAAAUAAGCAGAACCAGGAGAUCAUUAUACACUUCAACAACGAUAUUGAAUGAGGACAUAUUUUGAUGGAAGUGGAUUUCUUUGACAAAGAGACCUGAGUUUCAAUUGAUAAAUGACGGACAAAAGCAGCUACACCCAAAGAAAGAACACUGGGAAACGAAUGUGAACUAUCUGCAUUUUUGUUUUUCUUCCCGGGUUAUUUAUACCUUCUGAAUCCAAUUCUCCCUAUGCAACAAGAGAACUGUUCGGUUCUGCAAACAUAUAUUGUAUCUAAGAUAUACUGCAACAUAUCCAACAUAUAAAGGACUGCUUGCCAUCUAGGGGAGGGGGUGGAGGGAGGGAGGGAGAAAAAAUCGGAAAAGAAACGAGUGCAAGGGAUAAUGUUGUCAAUAUAAAGUAAUCAUUAAAUAAAAAUUUAAAAAAAAAAAAGUUUAAGAGGCAAGAGCCUAAACUCAUGCUCUUGGGAAUAAGUGGAGAGCAAAUGGAGGACCAUAUGCUCAAAGCAUGAAAGAAUACAUGUGUGAAGGGAGGGGAAAAGAACAUAACUAUGAGCACUAAAUUUCUUUCUUGGUAUUGAGGCAUCUGAAGGUGCCUAGAAUUGCUCUUUAGAGAAUACCAUAAUCCAAUAUGAGGCAAAUAAAGUAGGAGCAACAUUUCUUUUAGGGUCAGGUUACUGCUUAUCUCAGCCUUUACCCUACCAAAUGCUCCCACCCCAACUCCAGUGCCCAGAGCAGCUACAGAAUCAGCAGUUUUACAAAGUUUAAUUUUAUUGACAUUUAAAUAUAUUAAAUAUUUUAUUAAAAUACAUGUUAUAUUAUCCUCCCCAUCCCUGCUCCCCACAGUGGUUAAAUUGCAAAAAUUCAAAUCUCAAUGUCUUCUACCUUUCCCCUCAAACCUCUCUUUGAAAUAGAAGACAGGGAGAUGGCACAAAGGGAAAAGGGGCCCACUAACAUUAGGGGUAUCAGGAACAGAUGGACCCCCCAAUCAAUCUCUGGACAAUAAAUAGGGACAGCUGGGUCCCCUCAGAGUUCCCCUACUCUGCCUAGAUUUCUAGGUUGGGAACGCUUGACCACAGACACCCUCUUGUCCCCCAAUCCCACAUGGUUUCCAAUUAUAGGAAUUCCCUUCUGAUAUUUUUUGUAGUGUAUCCAUGAUUGUUCAUAAAUAGGGGGAAAUUCCAACAAGGAAAUUCCCUCUCCUAAGGUAAUCAACACUGCUCUGCUGCUUAAGAUUGUAAGAGAGUUGCCUAGAAGUACUGACAAUUGUUAAGUCACCUGCCCAGGUUCAUAAAAGCGUCAUAUGGGACUUGAAUUAGGAUUCAAGCCUUCCUGAUUUAUAGGCCAAUUUUCUUUCCAUUAUGCCAUAUUUCCUCUCUUCUCAUGGGACUGUUGUAAUUUCCUGUUUGGGCCUGACAAUCAGCAAAAUUUGAGUCAGGGGAAAAGUACCAAGUGCCCAAGUCUAGAUACAGAUACUUAAAUCUGCCCAUAGUAAGGUAUCUGAAAAGGAAGCACAAGUAGUACUAAAAUGAGCCUAACAAUAAAGUAGCUUGGAACAAAACAGCAUGAAGACCUUCUCUUGCUCCCUAAUUUCUGGCUACCCAAAGGACCUUCAUCUUUUACUUUGCAGUUACCAUAUAUGUUAUUUGAAGGGUUCAGAUAGAAAAACCAAGGUACCAACUAGCAAAGGCCAGAGGCAUAAAGAUUGGAAGAGAAGAAGAGGGAAGCAGGAAGAAAA